AUGCCAGUCUUAGACAAAUCUGGCAAGAUGCAACCUUGCAAGGCUACAAUUCCCAUGGAUUUGAUAUUUGACAAACCUUAUGAUUUCAGUCCAUCAAAGCCACACAAGCCACCUUUCAAAAUUCGAACUCUUCUGUCAUGUUCAACACAGCCGAAAAUGACUGCUUGUAUCAUCCACCAGAAAAUGCCUCUGGGUUGCCAUUGCAACAUCUCCAGUUUAAGACCAACCACUGGUCUUACCCUCUUGACAACAAACCUCUUUGAAUGGAGCCUACCCUCUGACAAUUGCCCAACACCGAGCUCCAAAAUAUCAUCCCCCAAAGCCAUCAUCAACAUCAUCACCAGAUAA